UGGAUUUUUCCAGCUGGAGCAUCUUGCCGGCUCUGCUGUAAUUUAUGGAAAUUGGUUUCUGACGUAGAGCUUUUUCUGUUACAACAGGGACCCACCGACCGGAGGAGGCAGAGCUGCAGUCAGGACAGAAGAAGAGAGGGCGAGGAAGAGGUGGGGAGCAGAGGGACACUGGGGGAGUGGAGAGGACAGAGGGAGAAAAAGGCACAGAGACACUUCAGAAAUGGGUGAGUUGUAACUAAGAGAGCAGGAGGAAAGGCAGAGAAAGGGGGAGAAGGGGAGCCGUGGGGAAGGGAAAAGAAAAGAAGAUCAGAGACUGAAUCAGCCUCAGGAGAGUAAACACCAGGAAACGAGUUCAGGGAACACGGCACCGUACAGAGAAGGACCUGUUCUGUCUGAAUUUUCACCAUGAGCACAAGGAAAAGCUGCCCCCUGCCACUGGGGCAAGGAGACGGGGAGGAAAAGCAGAGUGAAGGUACUUCUGACCUGGAGCGAGAGGAGUGCGAGGUGGAGCUGAGGAACAAAGCUAUUCUGCAACAGAAGAGGCGUCUUAAACAGGCCACCCAGUUUGUGCACAAGGACUCUGCUGACCUGCUGCCCCUGGAUGGCUUGACAAGGCUUGGCACGUCCAAGGAUCUGCAGCCACAUAGUGUGGUCCAGCGGCGCCUCUUGGAAGGCAAUCUGAACAAGCUGCGGGGCGAGACCAGGGUUCAGCCUGCACGGGUUCAAUCUCCGCUGGCAAAAGACCAGGAUGAAAAGAUGGGAAAGGAAAAGGACAGGAGGAAAGAGACUUCAUCCCUGUUAAUACAGUGCAAGUGCCAAGGUCAGGUAUUGAAAGCGACUGUUAACACUGGGUGUCUGCCAAAUCUCGUCUCCAAGAGCUGUUUAAACCAGCUGGGGCUGGAAGAAGUAUCUGCCAUGGACUGUGGAGAUUUCCCUCUUCCCAUGCCCAGCGUUGUUGGCCGAGUAGAACAUAUGGAGUUGCAAUUUGGCCAGGAGACAGUGCUGUGUUCAGCACUGGUUGUAGAUGAUGAAAUGCUGGAGUUUUGCAUUGGUCUUCAGACACUGCUGUCUCUCAAGUGUUGCAUCGACCUGGAGGAAGGAGUCCUGAGAUUUAAAGCACUGAGUCAAGAGCUGCCUUUUUUACAUGCCUCUGAAGAGCCUGGACAGUGAGUGGCUGCAUUCCCCAGGUCUGGGGCUGAGGAGACUUGCUGCUAUGAGAGAAAGAUGAGGGUGAGGCUCACAUGCCCCUAACCUUGCUGAGUUCUAGGCUGAGGCAUUCACUGGGGAGUGAGAAAAAGGCAAAUGGGUGCUGGAAGCUGUUAUUGCUGGGAGUGCCUCACCUUGAGAGAUAUCCCUCCUUUCAGUGGACCCUCUUGCUUGUCCCCGUGUGCCGAGCAGGCAUUUUGUUCUUGUUUUUCUAUUGGUCCCUAGACAUUCCAAUUUCUGCUUCUGUACUAAAUUCACCCUACCCUUUUAAUGACAUUUUAACAAUAGCCUCUGUUCAUGAGACAAGAGGGCCUCCACGAACAAUCUCCAGUUGUUCUGUGGACAGGAGGACAGCACUUUCCCCCAAAGCCUCCAAUGAUUGCCAUGAAUAUUUCCCUUCUCUUUGCCUCGAUGCGAGCGGACUUCACUCCGCUUUCUUUGUGGGAAGGGCUCUGUGGCCAGUCCCCUCACCUGUACUCUGGAAAUCUGAGUAUUGUUACUUUUUACUGGCUCAGAGCAGAACAGUAGUAUUUUCUUGGAAAACACAUGCAGCAACACUUUUAGAGUUCUUAAUUCUAAGAAGCGUUUGCAGAAAUGCUGAGCAUAGAUGCCUGCAGUACAGUGGAUGCUCACAGGGGCUUGGGCUUUGCAACUGCAUCUUUGGCCACUAAGCUCUAUUAUAUGAAUGGCAAUGCUUAUCAUCUCUUGGUGUUAUACACAGACUUGCACACUCUGACCAGGCCUCUCCUCUCUGCACUCCAGCUGCUAGAGCUACAAUUCCUAUCACUUCUGCUGUAUCAUCAGAGAUCCUGCCACUCAGUUUAAAUGCUGCAAUGAAUUACAGUACCCAGAGUCUUCUGCUCUGUCAGCUCCUUUCUUUCAACUUGAAAUCUAGUGAUUGGACACAGAUACAUCAUCAGCCUCAAGUCCCAGCAUCCCACAGCCUUUGCUACUCCUGCAUGAAACAAGAGUUAAACUUCCUUGCAGUAUCAGCUCAGGUCAGAGAACUGUGAACUCAUCUGGGAUGACCAGGGUGAUUAUUAAGCCACUUAGUUGUUGGGGUUUUGUUUUUUGUGUUUUGGGUUUUUUGGUUGUUUUUUAUUUAUUUAUUUAUUUAUUUAUUUGCAUCCUAGUGCGUAGCUGUAUGAUAAAUACAUAGUCUAUUCUUUACUAGCCCUAGGAAAGAUACACCAGAUCAGGGCUUGUUCCACGUUUCAUGACUACUGAUUCGCUAUCCAAACUCUGCACAACGUCCCUUUGUCCACCCUUAGAAUGCCAUGACACCCCCAUUUUGCCUGUCUUCCUGGAUUAAACACUGCUGGCUCCCUUCAUUGUCAAACCACUCAUUGUUUCUGUUGUGCUUCUUAAAUAACUUGUGUAUGCUUUUUUGCUUUUUUUCUGUUAGUUCUUUUCUAAAUCAGAUGCUGUAUGCUGUAGUUCAACACAUGCUAAGGACAGCAGAGUACAGCCUGGCUGAUAUGAUUUGGGAUGCACUUACAGUGUCAGUAGCUGUGAUUUGCAUCUGCUCCUCCUACAGGCAGCACCAGGCUAGUGAAUUUUAUUGUUAGUCAUCUUUCUCUUGCAGCUUCUGAUCUGUUCCUUGUCUUCUUAGCCAUUCUUCUGCUUGUGCAGCUAAUUAUUUCUGGCUGAAUGAACUGGUUUCCAUGAAUCCCCUGAAUGACACCAACAGUUCUCUCAUUUAUAUCAGGACCCAUCUCUACCCGAUGAGCCUGCCUUUCAAAGUACCAGUAAUUCCUCCUGCAUUUGUAUCACUUAUGUGUCUGACUGGCUUCUCAAACCCAGGGGUCUUUAAUGACAGUUUAGACUUGUACUCAACCAUCCUGUGUGUCAGAUGGAACCUAUGUGGUACCUGGGUCAACUCUGCUGAAAAAAACCCUUGUUUGUGAUAGAUGAAACACCUGUUCCUAUAUUCAGCAACUCACCUGGUUUCCAAAUCUCAUUGCCCUCUACAAAUGGCAUAUGGAACUAUGGCAAAUAAUCUGCUAAAGCUGACAGAUAAAAUGUCCGUUACAUCUCUUACUAUUCAUUAGCUUUUAAAAAGUCUAUUU